GGGGGUUAUUAUUAAUAGCAAUCCAGAAAACGGGUUUGGAAGGGGUUAAGUGGAGACCUUGCCUCCCAGCCAGGAGCCAAUCAGGGCUGGCAGGGGAGGAGCCAGGCUGCCGCUAGGAAAGAGAUCUAGACUGGCCAGAUGCUGCCCUGAGAGGCGACGCAAGAUACCAGUGGGGCUUGGGGACCAUGGGGCAGGGGCUUGGCACGGGGACCCUGGCCUCUGCACCCUGAUAGCUCCAAGCCAAAGGGUGCAGGACCAUCUACUAGCGUUGGAGGGAGGAGGGGCCGAGCCGCCUGAGCCAGGACAGUGGGAAGGGGGGAGAGGACCAGGACCCAGAGCCCUCCCAGCCCCCCAGGUAGGGGCCACUGGCUGCACUCAGGCCUUGACCUCAGCUGACUCUGAGAGCCCACAUGGGAUGCAGGGUCUAAUUUAAGCACCAGCUGCAGGGCCCACAGCCCAGGAGUGCCUGCAAGCGGGCACAGGUGCGGCCAGGCUGCUCAGGGGCUACUCGGGCAGGGGGAGGACUGGGGAGACCAGCCCUGCUUCCACCCAGCCCUGCACCCUGGCCAAGCCGCCUCCUGUGGGAACCCUCAUGGGUUCCCCCAUGGCCUGGCAGACGGCCCUCCUCUGCAUUGAGGCCAAGGUCAGGGGGUGCAGCCAGGAGGGCAGAAGGACACUGCCUUGCAGUCUGGACAGGGGUUGCAUCAGCCUGAGCAGCGCCAGGGGAAGGGGGCCCUGCUGGGAGGGCAAAGGCUGGCUUGGUUGUCCAAAGGCCAAGGAAGCAGAGUCCUGACCGCAGGAAGGCAGGGCCAGAGAGCUGGGUCCUACCUGGCCUCCUGGUGCCUGGCCUGUGACUUGCUGUUUGAUCUUACACAGGCAGCCUGCCCUCGAUGGGCCUCAGUCUUCCCAUCUGUAUGAUGCAGGUGCUGACCUAGAAGGCUGAUCGCAGUCCCAGAGGCCUACACUCAGGCCCCUGCUCCUCCUGCCUCCUGCAGCCCUGGCUGUGGGCGGCCACAUGCAGUCAUGGAGAUGGAAGUCCCUCUGGCUGGCGCUGUUGGCCUCCUGGCUCCUCGUCCUGCUGGGAGUCUUCCCCCUUCUCCGCCUGGCAGUGCCCACCAGACCCCGGGCAGGAGUCCCCCAAGGCUGGCCCCACUGGCUGGACGCAGAGCUCCUGCAGAGUUUCGCCAAGCCUGGGGAGCUCCUGGAAGAUGGCCCUCAACCUCCUCAAGCCCUCCGUGGUGGCAGCUGCAACUGGGGAGCUUGCUUUGACACCUCGAAAUGCAGAGGUGGUGGCCUCAAGGUAUUCGUGUACCCAGCGGCUGGACCCGUCUCUGAGACUCACCGCAGGAUCCUGGCUUCCAUCGAGGGCUCCCGCUACCACACGCUCAGCGCUGCUGAGGCCUGCCUCCUCCUCCUCCUCAGCCCGGACACCCCCACUGGAGAGUGCGACCCGGUGCCCCCGCAAUGGGAUGGGGGCAGGAACCAUCUGGUCCUCAGUCUCCACCCAGCCCCUUGCCCCCGGACCUUCCAGCUGGGACAGGCGAUGGUGGCCGGGGCCAGUCCCACAGUGGACACCUUCCGGCCCGGCUUUGACGUGGCCCUCCCGCUUCUCCCUGAAGCCCACCCGUUGCGAGGUGGGGUACCUGGCCAGCUGCGACAACACAGCCCCCGACCCGGGGUGGCCCUGCUAGCCCUGGCAGAGGACAGGGGCAGGUGGCACGUGGCAGGCACCGACUUCUCUGCCUGCCCCUGGGAUGGGCGCUGUGAGCAGGACCGUGGACCCAAGCAGACCCACCCUGGGGCAACGCUACCCAAUGCCACCUUCUGCCUCAUCCCUGGCCGCAGUCCUGAUGCCUUGCACUUCCUUCAAGCCCUGCAGGCUGGCUGCAUCCCUGUGCUUCUCAGCCCUCGCUGGCAGCUGCCCUUCUCUGAGGUCAUCGAUUGGACCAAGGCGGCCAUUGUAGCUGACGAGAGGCUCCCACUUCAGGUCCUGACUGCCCUCCAGGAGAUGCCCCUCACACGGGUCCUUGCCCUGCGUCAGCAGACCCAGUUUCUAUGGGAUGCCUACUUCUCCUCAGUGGAGAAGGUCAUCCAUACCACUCUGGAGAUUAUUCAGGACCGGAUCUUUGGAGCCUCUGCUCACCCCUCGCUACUGUGGAACAGCCCCCCAGGGGCAAUCCUGGCCCUGCCCACUUUCUCCCCAAGCCCCUCGGACUUCCCCUUCUACCACUUACAACAGGGCUCUCGUCCUCUGGGCAGGUUCAGCGCCCUGAUUUGGGGUGGGGCUCCAGGCCAGCCCCCCCUGAAGCUCAUCCAGGCUGUGGCAGGCUCCCAGCACUGUGCCCAGAUCUUGGUUCUCUGGAGCAGUGAGAAGCCACCCCCAACCAGGUGGCCCAAGACAGCAGUGCCCUUGACAGUCAUUGAUGGGCACAGGAAGGUCAGUGACCGCUUCUUCCCGUACAGUGCCAUCAGCACCGAUGCCAUCCUCAGCCUGGAUGCCCAUAGCAGUCUUUCCACAAGUGAGGUGGACUUCGCUUUUGUGGUGUGGCAGAGCUUCCCGGAGCGGAUGGUCGGCUUUCUGACGUGGAGCCACUUCUGGGAUGAAGCCCGGGGUGGCUGGGGCUACACUGCCAAGAGGACCAAUGAAUUCUCCAUGGUUCUCACCUCGGCUGCCUUCUACCAUAGGUAUUACCACACCCUCUUCACCCACUCCCUGCCCAAGGCUCUGAGGACCCUGGCAGAUGAGGCACCCACCUGUGUGGAUGUCCUGAUGAACUUCCUAGUAGCAUCCGUCACCAAGUUGCCCCCUAUCAAGGUGCCCUAUGGGAUGUGGCAUCAGGAGGCCAGACCUCCUCCACUGGAGCCUGGGGGUCCGGGGCUCACGCAGGAGCCGCAGCCCGCAGCCCACAACUGCAUCAACCAGAUGGCGGCAGGGUUCGGCCACAUGCCCCUGGUAUCUUCUCGCCUCCGUCUGGACCCAGUGCUCUUCAAGGACCCGGUGUCCGUGCUGCGUAAGAAGUAUCGCAGCCUGGAGAAGCCCUAGGAGGGACUAGCUGAGACCCCCGCUCGGCUCCCAGCGGUCGCUGCAACUGCCUCGGGGGAGUGGGGAGGCUCCGCCUCCUCCCUUUCGGUAUCUGGAGACCCAAUCAAGGCUGCCACUUAGCCAGCACGGCAGUACCCGAUUGGCCAGCCACCGCCUCGCCCCCCACCCCCCAGCCUAGCCGCUAGUGGCACUUCGCACGUGCACGUCGCUGGCUCUGGGGCCCUUCCUCUGCCUUCGCAGACCCCUUGCCUGGAAUGCCUUUCUCGGCUUCUCUGCCGAGCUGACAUCUACUUCUCUUUCAGAUCCUCGCCUCCUCCACGAACCUGCCUGACCCCCACCCCCGCCCCGGAUCCUCUGCGCUUUCACAGCCGGAUGUGUCCCUUAGUC